AUGCCUGAUGAGUUCCUUGCCACGGACCCACCCCCGCUCUGGAUCACUCUCUACCACCUAGUCACGCGCCUCCCUGACUCGCUGCGCUCAGUCAGGGACCACUUCCUCGCUCGCUGCCCCACCGAGCUCACCAUUGCCCUCCUCGAGAAGGAACUCUUUGCAGCCGAGACUAGCAUAGUCGCUGUAGGUGCCUCUCGCGGUGAACCCCGCACCCCGUUCUUUGAGGGGUGUUCUCCCUCCCCCCUUCUUCCCUCUGUCGCCUCUGCUGCUGCUGUCGACCUCCUUGGUGCUGAGAAGGUCGGGACUGCGUCUGCUUCGGGCAGACGCCGCAAUGGCAAGGGCAAGGGGGGCAAGGGCGGUGGUGGUGACAGCGGGGGUGGCAGUGGUGGGGGAGGUGGUGGCGGGGGGAGUGGCGCGGGUGGGGGAGGUGGCAGCGGUGGUGGGGGUGGCGGCAGCGGCGGGGGAGGUGGCCGGGGCGGAGGAGGUAGUGGGGGUGGCGGUGGACGAGGCCGCGGCACGGGUUGGGGUGGUCGAGGAGGUGGUGGCGGGAGUGGUGGGCGUGGCGGCACUGGCGGUGGCCAGAGACAGCAGCACACUCCCUCACCCCAGGAGGUCAGUGAGUGGUACUCUCAGCACGGGGGGGGGGGGGGUGGCCUUAGCUGCACGUACGUCAUUCGCACUGGUGACCGCACUGGCCAGCCGUGUGGGGGACCGCACGCCACACAGCGUUGCUUCGCUCGUCUGAGCGACGCUUGGCGUGUUCAGUUCCCUCAGGCCACUGAGCUGCCCCGCUGGCUUGAUCUCCUGAAGAAGGGGAUUGAUAUCUAUGCUCUAGAUUUUGAUGCUAUUCUCUCUGCCAUGUAUGUGAUGUCUACUAGUGGAGAGGGUUCUGAGUACCUGAGUGUCCCGCCCGACCCGGGCAUUAGGACGAGUGCGUCUGCUGCUCCAGGUACCCACGUGUCUGCUACCCCAGGUGCUGGUGAGGCUGCUGCUCUAGGUGCGUGCGUGUCUGCCCCCCCUGGUACUGUGUCGACUGCAGCACUGCACACCUUCACGCUGGAUUCAGGUGCCUCUCGCUGUUUCUUUCGUGACCGCACUGCCCUUGAGCCCCUUGCUCGGCCAGUUGCUGUCUCCCUUGCUGACCCCUCUGGGGGUCCGGUCAUUGCGACCUCCUCCACUGUCCUUCCCUGUCCUGCGGUCCCGUCGGGCACACUGUCAGGUCUCCACCUCCCCUCGUUCUCCACGAACUUGGUGGCAGGUUCUGCUCUCCAGGACGGGGGUGUUCACCAGUUCACCCCUGCCUACGAGCGUGUGACACACUGCACAUGUGCUUGUACGGGCCGCCACUUGGCUACCUUCACCCGGCAGCCGGGGUCGGACCUGUACACACUGACUACUGCCUCCCCUCAGGUCGCUGCGUCUGCGUCUGCGUUUGCGUCCGCGUCAGGUCAGCUGUCUGCCCCCUGCUCGUGUCGCUCUCUAGCGCACGAGACUGUCCUCUGGCACCACCGACUUGGCCACCCGUCUGUGCAGCACCUUCGUGCCAUGCACUCCCGGUACCUUGUCUCUGGUCUUCCCAGGGUUCUCCCUCCUCUCCCACCCUCGCCUGCUCCUCCCUGCCUUCCCUGUGUCGAGGGGCGGCAGCGCGCCGCUCCUCACUCCUCCUCGUUUCCCUCGACGACUGCUCCUUUGCAGACGCUCCACAUGGACGUGUGGGGCCCAGCCCGCGUCCGUGGUCAGGGUCAGGAGAGGUACUUCCUGAUCGUUGUUGACGACUACUCGCGCUACACCACGGUCUUCCCCUUGAGCACCAAGGGUGAGGUCCCUGAUGUUUUGAUCCCUUGGAUCCGCAGAGCUCGUCUCCAGCUCAGAGAGCGUUUCUGCUCGGACUUUCCUGUCCUGCGCUUGCACUCUGACAGAGGUGGUGAGUUCUCCUCCAACCUCUUGGCAACCUACUGUGCUGAGCACGGCAUUGAGCAGUCGUUCACGCUUCCGGCCUCUCCACAGCAGAAUGGGGUUGCGGAGCGCCGCAUUGGCCUGGUCAUGGAGGUCGCUCGUACCUCCUUGAUCCAUGCGGCUGCCCCCCAUUUUCUGUGGCCGUUUGCGGUCCGGUACGCUGCGCAUCAGCUCAACCUCUGGCCCCGUGUCUCCUUGCCGGAGACCUUGCCCACACUGCUGUGGACGGGGGAGGUUGGCGAUGCGUCGCGUUUCCGGUUUUACCACGCCACCUCGCGCCGGGUCUUGCCCUCUCAGGACGUCACUUUUGACGAGUCUGUCCCCUACUACCGCCUCUUCCCCUACCGCACUGCCCCGCUCCCACCCCCGCCUCUCUUCCUCGCGCCAGGUACUGCUGUCGUAGACCCCCUCCCCCCUCAGGGUGCCGCUCCCUCAGGUGUGUCUCAGGUAGACCCGGUCGAGCCUGUUGAGGUUGCUGUCGACUCUCGUCCUGCUGGGGGUGCUGAGCCUGGGGGUGCGGACGCUGGGGGUGCUGAGCCUGGGGGUGCGGACACUGGAGGUGCUGGGCCUGGGGCCUGGAGGUGCGGGGAUUAG